AUGGUCGUGCUCUUAGAUCUGGACGACGACCCUCGCCUGCUCGACGCCGCAGAUCGCUCUGCCUAUGAUCACUUCAAAACCCAGCUGCGGGGCCCAUUGCUGCGGGCCGGCAAUACCCAAGAUGCUCUCGCGCACACUGACGAGACCGCUGCCGUCGACGCCGACACCGCGAACGACCAGCGGCCCAAUCCAAACCUCAAUGGAUUCUCAGCCAUCCUGAGCUGUUAUCCAAUCGUGGCGAGUCUGGCGAGCCAUCUCGACCUGAAUUCCCUACAUGAUCUCUCGCGUACAUGCCGUCAGUUCCGCGCCAAUCUGCUCCAACACCGCAAGCAGCUCAUCAGCCAGGCACUGCGCUGCUCGCGGGAGAACGAGGCCGGCGGCGUCAAGCUCGCCAACAGGCUCAGAGAAAGUUUUUUCGCUUGGCACGGCAAUUACGAUUAUGCACCGGCGAAUCGCAUCACAAGCGGUAAAGUUGGACAAUGUGCUAGAGACAAAGUGGGGGAGUGCCGCAGGUGCGGCACCAUAGUAUGCAGGAACUGCAUAGCGAAACCACCGCCUCUUCCCCUGCUGCGAGACCGACAUCGUCGUUUAUGCAAGACGUGUACGCGAGCACCUCUCGCCUCACUUACAAAACGCCAACUCCUUCCGCGCGAGGAUCUCUACGACGACCGUUUCACGCCCUCGUCUUCGCCUUCAUCUUCGCCUGCUAGGUCGUUACGCAUCCCGACGCCGCCUGUCGAGCCGAUCGAGCAGAAGAGAGCCUUCACCGCCCCUGCCUUUGAGUACACUCCGUGCAGCUGCCCCGAAGAGGUCUGGCUGUGUCAACCGUGCGGCCAUUCUCUGCGGAGAGCGGACACAGACUACAAGAGAGGCUGGACGUGGCGGGCCAGAUACUCGACGUACCUCGGCGUCGUUGGAACGGGCAUAGGAGACGGCAACGAAGGCGUGCCCUGUGGCCGCGGCGGCGCCUGCCUGGCUGCCCAAGUCGUCGAACAGGAAGUCGACUGCGAUCCGGGAACGCUCCAGCAUCUCGAGGAAGAGGCGGAGCAGACGGGCCGAAGCUGGGAGGGGGGCGGGUUCGAGGUGCAGGAGAUGGAAGGCGUCGGUGGCGUCGUGAAGCGAAAGAUCAAGAAGCUCGUCCUGCUCGGCAAGAGGGUGCAGGAGCACGAGGACGAGCGGAGCGGCAACGCCAGAUAUCUUAGCCGCGAGGAGAACGGAGAGGUGCGGAGUUGGUGCGCGUGGUGCGAAAGGGUUAUUUUAUCCGACAACGACAAGGCAUGCAUUUGA